CCGUGUGUUUGUCGCGGCUCUCUUCUGCCGAUGACCUCUAACCGCUACUUCUAUAAGUACUAUGACUUCCUUGACCGCAGACAACCGACGUCGACCAGUGAAGCGCAUCUACUGCUCCACGGAAUUGCGCUCUCUUGAGUGUCGAAAAUGCCUUCCACGCAAGAUGGCGGCGACAGCUACAACUUCUGCUUCCCAAUUGACGCCUCUAAACUCUCCAACGACAGAUUGAGCCUCGUGCCUUUUGACUCAGACUACGCUCGUUUCUCGACUGUCUAUGUCUCGGAGACCUGCAAGGCGGCGUCUCGGAACUUCGACUACCUGGCAUAUGGUCCUUUCGAGAACGUAGAUGCUUUUGGAGAAUGGUACGAGCCGAAAGUCCGCUCCGUUAAAAGCCAGAUCUGGUUCGCCAUCAUUCUCAAGAAAUGCGUUAUUCGAGACAGGCAGAUUGAGGAUGGCACAUUCGCCGGCACGGUCGCUUUGAUGGAUUGUAAUCGAGACAGCGCUAUAGCUGAGAUCGCUCAUGUGAACUAUCUUCCCAAGUUCCAACGCACCUUUGUAGGCUCUAACGUCAACGGCUUGCUACUACACUACGCUCUCGACGCUCCACCGAACGGUCUCGGUCUCCGCAGAGUGCAGUGGCACGCCAACGGAAACAACAAGGCCUCCAUCGUAGCUGCGCAGCGUAUGGGUUUCCGUUUUGAAGGUAUCAUCCGCUGGCAUCGCGUUCUACCAGCUGGAAAAGAAGGCAACGGGGCGGGCGAGGAAGAUUUGCCGCCUGUCGUGGGAAAGAAGUUGGGUCCAGGCAGACAUACCGCGUCACUAAGCAUAUGCUGGGAUGAUUGGAAGGAUGGCGCUCGCGAUAAGGUAGACGCGUUGAUGAACCGGUAGAUUGGGCGAUAGGGCCCAGAAACCGCCCCAGACGCGCACCUAUCGACAUUCUUGGAAGCCCAAUACUCGAACUCAACAGAACCAAUUUUGAUAGAUCUGCUGAAUGAAAUCCCGCAAGCUGAUAAAGUUUAGCCAAUUAGCUUUGAACUAGGAAUGAGGCGAGCAAAGAAGGCAACGAGGCAUAGUAACCAACACAGGGCUGAACUCUAGCCUGACAGCCGGCCCAA